GGUUGGCCUCAAACUCACAGAGAUCCACUUGCCUCUGCCUCCCGAGCCCUGGAAUUAAAAGUAUGGAACACUACUGCCCUGCAAGAAGGACAAUUUUAAAUUAAAAAACAAAACCCAAAACAGCUAUAGGCAUGUUUUUGGGGUCCCUGCAGUCAGUCUAAUGAAUGAAUGGAUUAGUGGGUGGAAGGGCAUUUCCUGCUGGGCCCAAACUGCCACCACCAGGGUUGUUUGUUUGUUUGCUUGCUUUUUGAGUUCUUCUUAAAAGUGACCUUAGUGGAUGACAACAGAUCCAAUCCAGCUCUCAGGAAUUUAAAUGAUGUGAGUCCCCUGCAGCCCAGAUCCUGGCAGGGAACUGACGGGGAGGAGAAGGUAAUUUGGAGGACUCAGGUGGGAAGACCAGAAGGGGAAGUGUGUGCAAAGACACUGCAGAGCAGCCAGGACAACUUCUGGAAGGAAAAGGCCUCAUCUCAUUUAGCUACCACCGAGCCUGCAUUGCCGAUGGAGACGGGAGAGAGAGAGGGUACACAGGGCAAGGCAGAGCCUGCACUGGGACCAUGUUCGAACAUUGGGUUAGACCUCAUUCUCCUAGCAGUUCUGUAUUUCUGUGUCCCUCCUUUCCUCUCCAUCAGGAUCUACAUUGCCUACACCGGCCUCGAACUCACAACCGUCCUAUCUCAGCCUCCCAAGGAGCUGCAAUUGCAGCUCCAGUCUCCAGAAGGAUGUGGCUGAUGCAAGCGUUGAUGCUGACACUAUUGCUGUUACCUUUGGGUCACUCUGCUCCCAAGGAUGGAGCCGCAAGGCUGGACCCUGAAGUGCAACAGCAGCUCACGCCCAACCCCUUCGAGCCAGGCCCUGACCAGCUCCAACGGCUGCGGAAUUACCUCAAGGGACUAGAGAAGAUGGAAGAGGAUCCAGAGCAAAUGGACCGGGAGCGCGUCCUGCUCUACCUCUUCGCUCUUCACGACUAUGACCAGAACGGACAGCUGGAUGGCCUGGAGCUGUUGUCCAUGCUGACGGCAGCUCUGGCCCCUGAAGCUGCACACUUUCCCAUCAACCCGGUUAUCCUGGUAGUGGACCAGGUGCUUGAGACCCAGGACCUGGAUGGAGAUGGGCUCAUGACUCCUGCAGAGCUAAUCAACUUCCCAGGAGAUGCCCCCAAGCACACGGAGUCCCUUCCCCCAGCUCUCCUGGAGCCACAACCUGCUGGCAGGCCGCUGCAUUUAGCUAACAGUCCAUUGCAGCCAGAAACCCAGCAAUCCCUGGAGACUAGAGAAGAAACUAGGGGCCAGGUGGAGGCCAAAGGGGAGUCUUUGGAAGCUGUACAGGAGGCUGGACAUCAGACAGGGGCCAAAGGAGAUAGCCUCAGUCAUGAAGGGGAGACUAGAAGACAGGCGGAGGCCGAAGGAGAAGUCCCAGGUCCCAGAGAGGAUGCUGAGGGGCAGGAGGGGAGCAAGGACAAUGGAGGGGAAGUCAAAGAAAUGCCAGUGGAAACAUCAGACACCAUAAACACCCCAAAUGCGGUCGAGGCUCACAGUAUUCAACUGGAGAACGAUGAGAUAUAAACUCAAUGACGCAGGCUCCUGUCCCUUCAAAUCUCAGCGCAGAGCAGAGGCGAGCAGAGUGGGGCAUAUAUGUGGGGGAAAAGGGUCACCUCUGACAUGGGUACAGUGGCACAGGCUAGUAAUCCUAUAGCUUGGAAGACAAUAGCAGAAGGAUUAAGAGCUCCAGGCUAGCCCAGGCGACAUAGCUAGUUUGAGGCCAGGCUGGGCUGAUUAAUAAAACCCUGUCUUGAUGAGAGAGAGAGAGAAAAAAAAAGCAACUCCUACAUUUCUUUCCUGGCCUCAGGAGGAAGCAAGGCUUUCUGUGCGGCUCAGGGAGACCCUAAGCUGAGAGGCAGCUUUCAGGCCCCAAACAACCAAUAAAGAACAGAAUGAAUUCA